AGCAGAGGAAGUAGCAGGGAAGCCUUUGGCAGUGCUGUCGAGCUGAUCCUAGAGCUAUGGCGAAGAGGACAAAUAGCGGGUCUAGUGCUGCCCUCAUACUUUACAUUUCUGUCUGCUUUGGCCAUUUAAGUGGAGAGUAUGUCGGUGAUGAAUGGCGCUCUGCGAAAAAUUAUCAUCGGCCCUUAGUUUUACGUACAGCUGAUGUUCGAAGAAUUGCAUCCCAGACAGGUAUUUCUGAAAUGUGGAAGAGUGAUCUACAGCCUAUGCUUGUUGAAAGGGUUUCUGGUUCACAAGGGAAUUAUGCUGUACGUCAGCACAUUAUAGAGCGUUUACAAAAGCUUAAAGCAGGGUGGACUAUAGAAGAAGAUACAUUUCAAAGUCAAACUCCUUAUGGCUAUGUGACAUUCACGAACAUAAUCAGCACUCUUAAGCCUUCUGCCAAGCGUCGUUUGGUCUUUGCGUGCCAUUAUGAUUCAAAAUACUUUGGUUCUCAGUGGGAUGGAAAAGUAUUUGUAGGCGCAACGGACUCUGCUGUACCUUGUGCAAUGAUUCUUGAACUGGCACGAGCUUUAGAUAAUCGCUUCCAGAAAACCUCAAACACAAAACCAGACCUUUCAAUUCAGCUGAUUUUCUUUGAUGGAGAGGAAGCCUUUUUUCAAUGGUCUCCAUAUGAUUCCCUGUAUGGCUCACGGCACUUAGCACAAAAAAUGGAAAAUACUCCUCACCCCCCUGCUGCUGAAAACACAAACCAGAUUGAUAGCAUUGAUUUGUUAGUUUUGCUUGAUUUGAUUGGAACUGCAAACCCGGUUUUCCCAAGCUAUUUUCACAAUACUCUAAGGUGGCAUAACAGACUUCAGUCUAUUGAACGUAGACUUCAUGCUUUAAACCUACUUAGGAGUCAUCCUACUGAAGUAAGUUAUUUUCAAAGCAGUGUACAUGGAAGACAAGUUGAUGAUGACCAUGUACCAUUUUUACAAAGAGGGGUUCCAAUAUUACACCUCAUCCCUUCUCCUUUUCCACAUGUUUGGCACACGAUGCAAGAUAAUGAAGAAAACCUUGAUUCUGUCACUAUUGAUAACCUCAAUAAAAUUCUACAGGUUUUUGUGUUAGAAUACCUAAAUAUAUAAAUUGCAUACAUUAUAGAGGAAGUGGUUUGUAUUAUUCAAAAAUGUGUUGCAUUUUAAGCUUCCAAUGCUUUCUGGAAAUGUAUUUUGAGCACAAACGUAAUCAAAAUAAUGUAAAAAUAAAUGCCAAAUAAUUCUAUUGUACAA